AUGGGAGCAGAGAGUAGAUCAAAGCUGAAGAAUGACACUGCUAAUGAAGCAGCAUGGAGUCAAUUAAACUCUUCACUAUACUGUAGUGAUAACAAGAUGAAGCUGAAGGCCAUGGGGCCUGGUGCUGCUGAUCUACAACUGCACAUAGAAAAUGCACAACCCUUACCACUGAAGCACGUGCCUGAAAGCUGUGGUUUCUCAAUGCAGCAGAACGCACUGGGACUAGUUUUAAAUGUCCCUUAUAAUGCCUGCAGUGUGCUAACAGGGAAUGGAAGAUAUGUGUUGCCAAUGAAUUGGCGGGGGAUGGCAGUUAAAUUCAUCUGCCCAGUUCAACAGUCCAGGAAAUUUCCUUUCUCUCUCAGGCCAUGGCACUUCCAUCGCUCAAGACGACAAGCAAAACAGCCCUAUUAUCCUAAACUAUAUAAUUCCUACUGGUAUAACUAUUACAUGCAUAUGAUGGCACCAGGUGCUAAGACUAACCCAACUACCACUCGCCCUCACACAAAGCCACCUGGAUAUUCAUACCCUCUGUACUACCCAUAUAACUUUUAUUACUCCUACUUUCUCCCAGUGAAGACCACUGUGCCACCAGCUACAACCACUGUGGCACCACCUAUGACUGUUAGACCUAGCGGCAACAAAAUUCCUUCCAAGAGCCCUGCCUAUUACCCGCCACAUUUUCCUAAUAUGCACUACCUUCCACCAGUCCAACAGUUGCAAAUGAUCCCUGACAAAACUCAGGUUUACUACUACAACCCGGAGACUGAAUAUUUCUAUGGAAAGCCUUCAUACCAACAAAAACCAAAUUUGCCAAAGCAACCUACUUGGUCUCAAUUUACCCCAGUUGCUAUGCCAGGUUACCCAGCUUCCCCUGUGAAACUGAGUUACCCAAGCCCUGUCAGCCCAGAAACCUCUGCAGCCCCUAUAGCACCAUAUGUUCCAUUUGACAAGCUCCCCUUUGAGCCAUAUGUUGUAUACAAGGCUAAGAAACUCCCUGAUGACCAGAAGUACAUGGCCAAAGCAGGUUUUAAAUCUAGUUUCCAAACACAUUCAGGCUUCCCUUUGCAAACUGCGUCCAGGUUUCCUCAGUACAGAGGUCAAGGAGGUCCCUGA